AUGGCCGACGCCGAAAACGCCAUCGUCGUUGGUAUUGACUUUGGAACGAUAUGGGAAGCAAAACUGAACUUUGCGUCCGAGACCGAAAAGGCACCAACUGCGAUUUUAUAUCGUGGCGCCCAGGGCGCUGUUUCCUGGGGCCAUGACGUUCCGGUUGAGGAGACCUCAGACGCGAUGAGAUGGUUCAAGCUGCUUCUGAUCGAUGAGAUAGACCUUCCUGACAAUCUCCGAACCUCUUCUAAAUGGCUACAGCUCGGAAGUUGGUAA